AUGCGUAAUGUCAACGGGGAAUUUUUUCCAGGGAAUCUGGAGUAUUACGUGAACGGCGACUAUUUGUACUGUUGCCCGGUGUGCCACAAGAAGUACCGCGGCAAGGGCGCCGUCAUCAGGCACAGGCGGUACGAGUGCAACAAGGACCCGACGUUCGAGUGCCGCGUGUGCCAGAAGAAGUUCAAGCAACGCAGCAACCUCUACACGCACGUGACGGUCGUGCACAAGGAGACGGUGGAGAAGCUGCGGCGCGGCUGGAGCAGAUCCGCCAAAAGCGGCCGAUUGACACGGGCGUUUUUUGCAGCGUACCAAUGCGAGCGUUGUCCCAAGCGGUACACGAAGCCCUCCUCGUUGAACUUUCACCGAAAGUACGAGUGCGGCAAAGAGAAGACGUUCAAGUGCUACCGGUGCUUGUACUCGACCUACAGGGCGGCCGAUCUGCGCAGGCAUUUCGUGGGGAAGCACCGAAUCGUCGGCGACGAGUCGCGUUGA